GCCCUGGAGGAUUACGCUCCCAGACAAAGGCUUGAACAAGAAUCUCCACUAUCUGAGAAAGAAGAGAAAAUAAUGAAGUUAUGUUGGAUGGUUCUGCACAAUAUAUCGAUGACAGACGGCACUGUUGCGCGCCUGCGCAGUCUCGAUUUUACGACAACCACACAAUUAUACCUCACCUCGCCGAAAGAAGACAGACAGCUAGACGCAUUAGCCACACUUGCAGGCAUAAUAAACGAGGCAGAGUGUGAUGUCAUCAACGCGGCACAAUCUUCAGUGAAGCAACUCCUUAGAAGACUACAGAAGGGGAUCAAGCUGUCCCUGCGACGUUACAAAGGCUGGUCUUGUCGGGAAUGUGCAUUCACUGUGCGAAAGCUGGCCCAGAACGAUGCAAAUGUUCACCUUCUCGUUGAGCUCGGAGCUUUGGAACUGCUCGUAGAAAUGGGAAGAACCGGAAGCGAGGCGGAGCUCUAUGAGAGCGUACAAGGAAUCUGGGCCCUUUGUUUUGACAAACUAGUCCAACAAAAAGUAGUCGCCCAGGAGUACGAAGGGGGUAUUGUCAGGUUCCUGUGCGAUGUCAAGCAGUCGGCAAGUGCGCAAGUGAAGCAGGCGUGUAAUGGAGCUCUUUGGACACUGAAGGACACACUGAGGACUUCAAACAUUCAGCAGUACAAGGAAAUAGGAAAUAAGCUUGAGUGCUCCAUAGAAAAGGAGAAAGAAAGCGAGCAGGAAGAUGCGAAAUUUAGGAAAAAGAAGAGCGGCGGCAAGUCACGUGGCCGAGGUCACGUGAUGGUCUCCUACCAAUGGGCAAACCAGCAAAUGCUUAAGGAAAUCAGGGACAGAAUCAAACAGCAUGGAUACAAGGUGUGGAUGGACAUAGAUGAGAUGGGUGGCUCCACUCUACAGGCGAUGGCAGAGGCAGUGGAGAAUGCUGAAGUCGUCCUGAUGUGUAUGUCUGCCAAGUACAAGCAUAGUCCAAACUGCAGGGCAGAGGCUGAGUACGCUUUCCAGAAAGGAAAGAGGAUCAUUCCAUUGAAGAUGGAAAAAGGUUACGUACCAGAUGGCUGGCUGGGAUUCAUCUGCGGGGCUAAACUAUUCUACGACUUCAGUGGGAAAUACCCUUUUGAGGACAAGAUGGGCGGCCUUUUAAAGGAGAUGGACAAAGUGCUGCAAGCGUCUAACGACAGGGACCCUGGUCACACGGAUCACACAACGACGCCGGUCAUAUCUACUGUUGUGCCUGUGGUUCACGCAGAGCCGCCAAGAAGAAACGAUACGCCUGAUGGAGUUUCCAUGACAACGGUUGCUAAGGUGCCAGUUUCCAUGGCAACCAUUCAGGCAGUUAGAAAAUGGAGUCCGGAUGAUUUAAAUCAAUGGCGAAAUAAAAAUAACUUAGCAAGUUCAGUACCAAAGCUCAAAUCCGGGGAAGAAGUUGCACUUCUGCUGACCAUGAGGGUAGAGUCCCCAGACUUCUUCUAUCGCUGUGUACAGGACAUGCUGAAUGUGAAGGACAUUUCCGUCAUGGCUCGCUUGGUGUGGGCGCUGCAUGACAUCACACACACCGGAACAUAGACUGUCAAUCGGAACAACUCGGUCAUUAUCCAAUAUAAAUGACAUCAGAAGAAAUACUGUUCCUUAAAAAUAGUCCAUCAUGGCGGCGCCCAUAUUGAAAACGUGUUGUAUGUGUUUUUAAUUGUCAAGGGACAUAUGUUACUCUUUAGGGAGGAGAAGUGGUGACAUUAUACCAGUCCUGAAAUUUAAUUAGAAUCUUAUUUUCAAGUUUCUCAAAAUUCAUUAAGACACGAAUCAAAAUCAUUGAUUUCAGUGCAUUAUUUACGUUAUUGAAUGGGACUACUUAGCGUUAUGGUAAUUGAGUAAAUCGCCAGCAGCUUCAUUAUUUUUUUAGUACAUGUAUAUCUUACGCGGUCUAUCCCGAAGCUUGCCGGAGAUUGCCGAGUUGUUACGAUUGAUAAAGUGCACAAUUAUUUCUACGAUAGGUCGCUUGAUAUGGACGCUAAGAGACAUCACACACAUCGAAAUAAAGAUGUUAGACUUUAUAUAGUUAUGCUUUUAUUUCUGCGUUAUAUUCUUUCAAUCUAACACAUGCGUACGAAUGCACUUACUUUUAAAAUCUACUACUCAGAAAAAUGGGAAACUAUAUGCUUAUGUAGUAGUAUCAAGUUAGAGUUUUAUAUCGAUUGCAAUUGUCAUGAUGUACAUGCACUUUUUGUAAAUGAUAAUCAAUUAUUCUGUUAAACGCCAGCUCGUUUUCGUUUAAGGUAAUCCAUCAAUCAUUAAAACAUAACAUUGCUACUGGUUACAUUGUAAAUAUAUAAAAUGUUACAUUUUCAUUUUUAUAGGUUUCACCGAGAGCUUUUUAUAUAGGCAUUAGCUUAUUUAAGAAAAAAAAUACAAUUGCUUCCUAAUGAUGGAUGGCUAACCUUUAUCAUGUUAUAUAUAAUUCCUAGUUUUUUGUUUUUGUUUUGUUUUUUGUUUUAUAUUUAAACUUACAACUAGUCUUUGAAAGAUCUGAUGCCACUGUAUGUUACGCCAAAUCUUUAGCUGUUUUUAUGUCUUUAUACCUCUAAUGAAAAGUCGCACUCUCCGUCCGACCGUUCGUCUGUUUCCCUUUCUUGUCUUAAUUGUAACUUGCUCAUUUGUUUUCCAAUUGCGAUCAAACUUCACAUAGGUGUAAUGCAGCACGAGAAGGUCUGCCACGCAUAAAAUUCAUGCUCUGGCCUCAAAGGUCAAGAUCACUCCUAAAGGUCCUAAAGGCCAGUUGACUAUCAUUUUGACAUGACGAAUGGGGGUGGGGUGUGUGUUUGUCAUGUUCUUUUGACAUCCCUUGUUAAAAAUUUCAUUAUUUAUUGAUAUUAUUUAUUUCGCCAUCUGUUUAUAUUGUCUAUUUUGGAAACAAAAUUAGACUUAAUAAUGGUUUUCAUGUUUACUUAUGGAACAUUUUGGUAUACAAUUGUUGAUAUUCGGUACUUGAACUUCUAUCAAAAUGCGUAAGCAAUGUAGCAAAAUAAAUUAUUGAAAUUCUG